UUCGAAAUCGGUGACAUUUUUGCACGUGUUUGCUCUGAAAUUUAUUUACUGCUUAUUGUCAUAUAAUUCUUGAAAUUAUGGUCCAAAUCUCUAAAAAACGUGUUCGUAGAAACACAAUUGUUUUAGAUAGUGGCUUAAAUUCGGUUAUAACUGCAUUAGCGCCUCGUAAUACAGUAUCAACUACUAGCUCUCAAAAUGGUUUGAGUGCAGAUCUCACUCCUGUGAUACAGGUGAAAGAUGUUCUGUUAGAGAACUCUGAGUUCUGUAAACUAAACCUCCUUUUGAAAGAUAUGCAGAGGCAAGUAAGUGAAAUUCAGAAAAAAUUAGAUCAGUUUGAUAGUAUGUCACUGCCAAUCUCAAAUACCACGGAGAGCCGUUGUGAUAUUGGCCAGGUUAAGUGUUUACUGGAUGUAACUCAAAACAAGCUUUCGGGUUUAGACCCAAUAGCCUGUCUUUUAGAAAGGCAUCCUAAAAUAUCUCCAGACAACCUAAAUAAAGCUGAAAAUCUGAUUGACUGCUUGGCUACGGAGGUGAUGAAGCGUAUAACCUCUUCUCACCAAGCUAUAGUUUACAACGUCCCAGAUUCUCUGCCCCUGAAAACUGUAAGACACAAAAUCCUGAUUUGUUGCGGCAUGGCUAGUGUUCCAUGUGAAUGCAAACGACUUCGUAAAAAGUCUAACCAGGCUAAUUGCCCAAUCAUUUUUAAAUUCAGUAAUUCCCUUGAUGCUAGUAAGUUUACUAAAUGUCAGGAUCACUUAAGACUGAAUAGCAGUUAUAAGUCUAUAACCGUAGCUCAGGAUAAAACACCGUGUCAGCGCAGAAUAAUGCGUAGUAAUAACCUGGUCACCUCCUCUAGCUUAGAUUUACCUAAAAAGGAUCGUGCACAGCAACAGACACCUAGUGCUGAAACUAGCAUUCAGCAAACUACACAACAACCACGCUUGCCAAUGGAACUAGGAACUGAUUUAGAUACCAGUACCCCUGUAAACAAAGCCUCAUCGAAAGAUGUUAAAAUGACUAGAACUUCUGCAAGUUGUUCUAAGAAAUUUCCCCCCAAACGUAGUAACCUCACCACGAUGAACAAAUUUCGCAGGGUUGAGACUAAUGAUGGGGAAGAAUACUUUGUAUUCAAUAAGCCUGCUGAGAGUAAGAAUGCCAACAAACCAUCACUUGUUACGAAAAACUCCUCUCGAAACAUAAGUACAUCUGGAGGUGUUCCGCAUGCUCCACCUUAUAGAAAGUCAGGCUCCAAGACUCCUAAAGUCUUGCAGCCAAAGCACCUUCCUUCACAAUUCCCUUUAAGUUAUAAAAACAACCCGAAGGUGUAUACCGGUAUGACGAAUAGCAGUUGGAUGGGUAGACCUUCUGAUGCUAUGCCUUUUAACCGUCAACCUAGGCCCAACCUGUACUACCCUUAUAUCCAGGAACACAUGGUAAAUUUUCCAGGUGUCCUGAAUCACUGGUACGACCCAUGGCACCUAGGACCACCUCAUUGCACACCAACUCCGAUGUGCAGACACCCAGUCCGACCUCCUUUUCAUUCAUAAAUUCUUGCGGUGCUGACGCACAAAUAGAUUUAGGUUAUGGUGACAUUUUAAGCCAGUUUGUAGUAUCCCGUGACUUAUUCACGAUAUUGCUAAUUAAUGCACG